UCCUGGACGAGCAGGCUUUCCGGGUGACAAAGGAAGUCUGGGGAUUCCAGGAAGAAUGGGCCUUAAAGGACCAGCGGGGGAGAAGGGAGCCCCAGGAGAACCAGGUCUAUCCAUCAUUGGACCCAGAGGACCUCCGGGCCAACCAGGAACCAGAGGAUUCCCAGGGUUCCCGGGCCCAAUUGGGUUGGAUGGCAAGCCGGGACAGAGUGGACCUAAGGGAGACUUGGGUCCCCGUGGUCCUAAAGGACUCCCCGGCGAAGCAGGACCCAAAGGAGAGAAGGGUGUCUGUGGUGACUACACACAUCGGAGCCUAUUUGUGCAGGAUCUUCCCUUGAAAACCUUGGCUGCCUUACGCUCCAGCCAACCGCUGAUGUUGAAGCAGGGCGAACCAGGUGCGCAGGGCCCCCCAGGACCCCCCGGGCUUCCAGGUAACCCGGGCCUCAAAGGAGCCAGCGGCGCACCGGGUAAGCCGGGUGAACCAGGAAAACCGGGAAAAGACCCCAGACUUUUACCCGGAUUGAAGGGUGAGCCCGGAACGCCAGGGCAGAAGGGCGACCAAGGGGAUGUUGGCCCGCCGGGUACUGAAGGCCCAAAGGGGGGCCAAGGAAUCAAGGGAGAAAAGGGGGACUUUAUUAUUUCAGCGCCUGGAAUUAAAGGAGAACCUGGCCCACCAGGACUACCAGGCGGAAUGGGACCCAAGGGCAACAAGGGAGAUCAUGGAGAAGAGGGUGACGCAGGUCCUGAAGGCCCCGUUGGACCAAGAGGCCCCCCAGGUCCAACCGGUGAGCCAGGAAAGGCUGAAAUCCACAACAAUGAAAAUGAUAUUCGCAACAUACCUCUGAUGGGCCCGCCUGGAUUACCUGGGCCCCCAGGGACACCGGGGCUCAACGGGGCCAAGGGCGAAGUCGGCCUUCCUGGUCCUCCAGGCCUGGAUGGGGAGAAAGGGCCGAGAGGAAAGCCCGGGGAGCCUGGUCCUCCGGGCCCAUUUGGCCCCGAGGGUCCCAGAGGAGAAGGCGGUGUCAUGGGUUUCCCAGGACCCAAGGGAGACAAGGGAGACACGGGUCCUUCUGGAUCACCGGGUCUAGAUGGCCCUACUGGUGAAAAGGGGGCCACAGGGUCCCCUGGCCCUAUUGGAUUACCUGGCACCAUGGGGACCAAGGGCCAACCAGGGGAAGGAGGAAGGUCGGACAUGCUCUACGGUCCCCCAGGACCCCCGGGACCCCCGGGACCAGUUGGCCCAGCAGGAUCGCAAGGACCUUCAGGGCCAAAGGGCGAGCCGGGCCUGGGCUUCAGGGGAGAAAAGGGAGCCACAGGCCAGAAGGGGGACAAGGGCGACAGAGGCCAUCUUGGACUUCCUGGGGCUCACGGGUUAGACGGCAGACCGGGUCCAGUGGGUCUGAUAGGACCAGCGGGUCUACCGGGGCCAGCAGGACCAAAGGGAGAGACGGGCGAGAAGGGAGACACGGGAUUACCAGGACCAAUCGGCUCGCAAGGCAUCUCGGGAUUAGCAGGACCACAAGGACUCAAAGGCAACCGGGGAGAGAGGGGCAAGAAAGGCAACAGGGGGGCCAAAGGGGAUAAGGGAGACCAAGGAGCACCAGGAUUAGAUGCCCCGUGUCCGUUGGGAGACGACGGCCUGCCCGUCCCAGGCUGUUGGAACAAAUGAAAACUUGGGAAUGGCUUGUCUAAUUGUACAUAGGAUAUUUAUUUUUCUACCUAUCCUGUUAUAACGCAGCGCAUAUGACAAAUGUUUUGAACUAAUGUUUUGUAUUUUUUCAUACGUAUGACAAUGUAUUUGACAUGUAUAUCUGUGCAUCACGUUCUAACAUGUUUGUAUGAGGAAGUAUUGAUGAUUAGCAGUUCCAUAUGCAUGAUAUUUGUGCAUACUGUGGUGUGGAUGAUGCUUUUUAACUUAUUGUACUGACUUGUUGUGUUCUGUUGGACUCGACCAUGCUGCACUGACUUGACGCUGGAAAGAUUCUUAAAGGCAUUUGAAAAAGUCUUAGCUGAACUCUCCUCUUCGUAGUCCAGGAUCAGACCGGCGUGUGACCAAUGCCGUUUCAGAUGUUACUUUGUGUUCCCACGGAUGCUGGAUGCUCUCCAAACUUUUUUUGUUAAUGUUUGGUCGUGGGCUCAUAUCGUGAUAAUGAACUUUUUUCUUCCUUUCGGCCGGUCACAGUCUUUAAUACACAUUUCUAUUCCAUUGUGAAGAGUACUUUUACUACAUUAGAAAUAACAAUACUUUGACGGUGGAACGCGUUUAGGACCGGCUGACUCACGUCGACAUCAGCGGUUGUCGACAUAACCAAAGCGGAAACAAGCCAUGGUUUCCUAGUCGUAAGAUAAUAAAGGAUUUUUCAAGCUACCACAGCAUUUUCCUUCAUUUCUCUUUAUUUGAUAUUUUAUUUUAUACUUUUACCUAAUAGGCUAAUUUGGUUGUUGUCUUGACGUGUUUGUGCCCGCGCAAAUCUUUCCGCCGUGAAACUUCUGUGUGAAAUUUGUCACUUGCUGUGGGAGAAUCCUAAUACGCCUGUGUUUUUAUUUUGAAGCUUACUUUGCACUGAACAGGAAGUGACUGUGUGCAGGUCUGUUUGCUGUGCAACUGGACCAAAAAUUUGACUUGUUCACGAACAUCGCAUGUCAGUGAGCGAGCCGGCGAAUGGAUAAGAGCAGUUCCAUAACAAGACGUCACAUGGCAUGCUGGUCACCUUCACCAUCACCUUAGAGUACUUACUCAUGUUAUUCUGCCUUCAAACAAGCCAAAGAUUCCUAUAAGGAUUUGGAGCGUUGGUCAUUAGGAAGUGAGCCCUGAAAGGAGUUUGGGAUAGCUCGCUUUCAGAGGUUUUUUUUAACACAGUAUCUCUGUGAUGUCACAGUGAGCCGUAUGUCCUUAUAAGGUCAUAUGGGACCAAUCCCAGCAAAGUGGGUGUGCCCGGGGGUUGGGUGGGUGGAAUAAAUGAAAACAGAGCGUUUUGGAAAUCCAAGAAAAAACAGCUGGAAUAGGUGCAGAUUCUGGAAGAUCUAGAAAGCUUGUGUGUCUAUCGGAGUCCACAACUCCUAAAUGAGCAUGAUAAUGUUUCAGUGCUUUUUCUUUAAUUAUGCAACUUUCCAUUCCGGCUGGAAUCUGUUCCAGAAGGUUGGACUCGAACCCAAAUGGACGCGAACCAAUUUAAAUCCAAUUCAUUCAUUCCAGAAUGAAACACGUUAAACAAGGAAAAAGGCAUAGAAAUACCUAUGAUUGAUCGAUUAACAUGUUCCAUUUACCUUCACAGAAGACCUUUCAUUUUGUGUGUCGUAUAACUAGGAACCCAAAGUGACUGAGGGGUCCCACCUAAGAAUGCCCCGAUAGCAUGAAUUCUUUGCUAACAUUAGCCAUACUCCUGUCAGUGUUACAGUUGGAUUGACUGUAAAUUGACUGUAAAAGGCGCCUCAGUCAUUUAAAAGCGUACGUCAACGCCAGAGCUUCCAUCCACAAGGACCAUCCAGUCAAGGGUUUCGGUUUCUCCUUAGGAGGAAGUCUACCAGGAAGGCUCUGAUUGGUGGCGACGUCGGUCCGUCUUGAUGCUGCUCUCUCAGGCUUUGUUUGGGAUUGAAUGACGUUGCCAUGAGACUCCUUGAGAUCCGCGCCACUCAUUGAAUAUUCAUUGUGCCCCCCCUUCCCCCC